GGGCUCUCCCACAUCGUAGUAAACAUUAGUGUCUUAAUCCGGGCCUUUGAAAAACCCGCUCUGCUGAGCUCGAGUGGCUGCUCUCCGGCCACGCGACGAACGUACGUAAUAAGCAGUUGCACAACAACACGAAUAGCCAUAAACGAUGCUACGAGCAGCCGUGCGCACGGCGCCGCGCCUCGGCAGAGCCCACAGCACCGCUGCCGAGGCCUUCAGGCACGUGGUCAUGCAGCGCCACGCGGCGGCGGCCUUCGAUGCGACGCGCGACGUACCAGAAGCUAUCCUUGAGGACAUCAUGCAGCUCACGCGGCGCGCACCUUCAAGCUUCAACAUCCAGCCGUGGACGUGCGUCCUCGUGCGCAGCGCCGCGCAGCGCGAAUUGGUCGGACGAGCCGCGUUGUCCGAGUCGAACCGGCGGCGUGUCAUGGACGCACCACUCACAGCGGUCUUCUGCGCGGACCUCGAGCCGGCCCACGCGCUCCCGCGCGUCAAGGCGGAGGCCAUCGCGCGGGGCAAGGACGCGCGGCAGGUCGAAGAUUUAGAACUGGCCGUGGGCUACUACGCGACGCACGGCAAGCUCGCGUCGCUCGUCAAGGGCGUCGCCGCGAACGCGCUCAGCCCCGUCGCGCCCGCGCCGCAGCCCGAGGGCCGCAGGGCCUGGGCCUACAAGUCCGCCAUGCUCGCCGCGCAGACCUACCUCCUCGCGGCGACGGCGCACGGCCUCGCGACGGCGCCCAUGGAGGGCUUCGACGCCGCGCGGCUCCGCGCGUACCUGGACGUGCCCGCGCGCUACGCGCUGCCGCUCGUCGUCGCGACGGGCUACGCGCCGCCCGAGGGCCCGGAGCCGCCGCCGUCGCCGCGGCUGGACGUGACCGACCUGUUCUUCGAGGACCGGUUCGGGGCGCGCCCCGCGGCAAGCUAA